CUCGGAAGUUGGCGACCUUUUUUCUUCUGCUCUCGUAAAAAACAGCGAUCGAGAAGAGCUGCGUGCCGUUUGAUUUGAUCCUUACAGGCUUUACGAGAGGAAACGACGGUCGUUUAGGAGCGAUGGGGAUUUUGGAUUACGUCGCCGAUGUCUUCUACGUGCCUCGCAGCGACAGGAGGAAGCUCAAGAAGCGCAAGCAGCUCCAGACGGUGGAGAUAAAGGUGAAGAUGGACUGCGAGGGGUGCGAGAGGAGGGUGCGGAAGUCGGUGGAAAGCAUGAAGGGGGUGUCUUCGGCGGAGGUCGACCCCAAGCACAGCAAGCUGACGGUGAUCGGGUACGUCGACCCGGGGAAGGUGCUCCGGCGGGUCCGGCACCGGACCGGGAAGGCCUGUGACUUCUGGCCCUACGUGCCUUACGACUUGGUGGACCACCCCUACGCCCCGGGGGCCUACGACAAGAAGGCCCCGCGGGGGUUCGUUCGGAACGUGCUGCAGGACCCACAGGCCUCGACCCUCGCCCGCGCCAGCUCCGCCGAGGUCAGGUACACCACCGCCUUCAGCGACGACAACCCCAACUCCUGCGUAGUCAUGUAGAUAUUAGGAUCGGAGCUUCAGUGAGUGUGUAUAUUGAUGGUGGUAGGGUUUUGUGUGUGAUGUAUUUGGAAACUUGGGAAGAGUCUGGGGUCUGAAGUUUGUGGGGUCAAAGUUUGGUUUAGUUGAAUAAGAAGUAAAAUUUGUAAUGAUCGUUCUAGGUUUGGUAAGGAGAAGUUCUGGCUUCUGUUGA